AUGCCUCUGAAAGACCUUCUUGCCGCACCUGUCCUGCCCUCGGCGGCCAUCCGCGGCCAUGUUGGAUCUUUCCCCUCUCGAGUCUUCACUAUCAUCAUCGACGCCGUCCUCCUCCUCAAAGAACUCUGCGCUGCACUCCUCGAAUCCGAUGUCAAUGUCAAACUCGUCGCCUCCCUUCGCUCCCGUGUCAAGACAAAAGGUGCGGGAAAGACCACAACGUGUACAAAGCUAGCAGUGCACUACCGAAGACGAGGUUUCAGGACAUGUCUUGUCUGCGCCGAUACCUUCCGUGCCGGUGCUUUCGACCAACUGAAACAGAACGCAACCAAAGCCAAGAUACUCUUCUACGGCAGUUACACCGAGACCGACCCAGUCGCCAUCGCCUCUCUGGAUACCUCGGGUCGACACAAGCAAGAAUCCGAGCUGUUUGAGGAGAUGGUGGUUAUCGGUGGCGCUGUCAAGCCGGAUACGACCAUCAUGGUCUUGGAUGUUUCUGUCGGUCAGGUGGCGGAGGCGCAAAGCAGAGCUUCCAAGGAUUCAGCCGACUUUGGAGCAAUCAUCGUGACAAAGCUGGACGGUCACGCGAAGGGUGGUGGUGCUAUCUCGGCGGUUGCGGCGACAAAGGCACCGAUCAUCUCUUCCUUGGUACCGGCAAGAAAUGGGCCAAGUCAACCCGGACAAGCAAAAGGAUCUCGCCAAAAAGCCAAAUUCUCCAUGUGCAACUGGAAAGACCAAUUGUCAAACAUCAUGGGUAUGGUCUCCAUCUCCAAGAUCGCCUCCAUGAUCCCCGGUUUACCAGCUGGGAUGAUGGACGGCGGUGGUGACGAGGAGGCUGCUUCCAAGGUCAAACGAAUGAUAUUCAUCACCGACGCUAUGCGAGCAGAUGAACUCGACUCUGACGGGCUGCUAAUCUUGAUCACUUUUGACAAGACUGGAAGCCCCACUGGUCUGAAUAGACGGGCGAAGCGGGCUGCUAGGGGGAGCGGGACGAGUUUGAGGGAGGUGGAAGAGCUGUUGGUGCAAGUGAAGAUGAUGGCGGGUAUGGCGAAGCAAGCUGGUGGUCAGUACGGCUGGAUGUCAGCAACGCAAAAGAUGCAAGCAGCAGCUGGUGGCAAGCCCCUCGGGCCCAACGGUCAGCCCUCCCCUGCCCAAAUCGCAGUCAAUCGAAAGGCGGUGCCACCGGAAAUUGCCAGAAAGUUCCGUGCCGCUGGUCCACAAGGGCCCCAGAAGAUCAUGGCGGAUAUGAUGAGUGGGAUGGGAGGCGGUGGAGGAGGCAUGCCUGAUCUGGGAAGCUUUGAGUCAACUUGGUGGCGGAGGUGGGGGCGGGGGUAUGGGAGGGAUGCCAAACAUGGCGCAGAUGCAAGAAAUGACGUCGAGCGUUGA